AUGAGUAAUAAUGGAAACCAAUCACAACCCCAAAUUGGUCAAAUGCAAUCCGCUCAACGAAAAUACCCUCCUCUAAAGUUUGAUGAGGUUCCAAUUCUGCCUUUGGAACAAAUACGACCUCGUCUUAACCAAUUGGUGCAUUCAUUGCGAAAAAUGGAAGAUUUGCUGCGGGCUAGACAGCCUUUACCAAAUUGGAUUCGACUUCAAAAUCAAUUCAAUGUGAUUCUAUCACAGCUUAAUUCAUUUUCUCGUGCCCUCGAUGCUAAUAAAAUGGCACUUUCAUCAUCAGAUUCGUUUCCAAACUACGAGUUUGAUACAACUCAGCAUGAGGGACUUUUAACAACACUUUUGAGAAAGAAGCAUCUUCCAGAAGUUGACGAAUGGAUAAGCUCGGUUGAUUCGGUCAGUGCGGAUGCUGUUAGUAAGGAUGAAGAUAUGGCUAAGGAGUGUACUCGAAUCGCAGAGGAAUUACUACAGAAAUACGUUUUUGGCGGCUAUAUAACGAAAGAAGAGGGCGAGCAUGGAUUAACUAUGAAAGACGUUUUCGGAUAUGAAGCUGAACCAAGCAUAAAUGAUUCAAUUGGCCAGAGUGAUAAGCUUACACAACAAACUGAAGAUGACAUAUAUAGGUUUAUUUAUCAGGGCUUAGACUCAAAAGUCUCCUUUUGA